UCUUUUAUUUAUAAUUUUCUCUAGUUUGCUGGAAGUUUUUACCUAUAAUGUUCUUGUUUCGUUUUGUUACACAAACAGGUUAUGUAUUAUUAAAAAUUUUGACAGGAUCUACAGCAUGCGCAGGGAACUUUUGGCACUGUGUUUACUUCUGGCCCUUACUCCCUUUAGCUGUGCCAAUGACUUCCUUUUGAGUAAAGCUGACCGUCAGAAAUCUGAUGAUGAUAAGCAGGAUGAUGAAAAUGAAAUACACUAUAGCCCCGAAGUUCAGGUGGAUGGGAUUCAAAGUGAAGCAAUCAAAAUGAUUCCAGCCCCUGACUUAUCUGGAGGAGAUCCACAUCAAACCGAAGAUGGGUCAGGUGCAUCGGAGGAGGAGGAUAGUAUUCCUCCCGACCUUGCUGCUGCUCUAGCACAGACUAGGCUCCUCAAAAACCUAUUUCUUCAGAUGAAUGGUUUGCCAUAUGCUGUUGUUUCUGAGCCUGAGGAAGAAACUACUCAAGAGGAAGUUGCGAAGGCAAUUAAAGAGUUACCGGAGCUGUUGGAAGAACCACCAAAAAUUUUAACCCCAGAGGAGCAAGAAGCUGAGUCACUGUGGACAAAAGCAAUGAUAACGUUGAACACCACACAUCCAAAUAUGGUUGAAGCAUAUUCUCAAAUAAAACAAGCAGCGAGUCUUGGUCAUACCCAGGCAAGAUUACAUUUGGCAUGGUCUGAACUUCUUGGUUCAAAUCCCAUCCAACAAGACAUUGAGUCAGCCAAGAAAACAUUUUAUGAUUUAGCAGAAAAUCAAAAUAUACCUGAAGCACACAUGGGUUUAGGCUUUCUUUUUGCCACUGGUAUCUCUGUAAAUGCUAGCCAGGCUCGUGCUUUGGUUCAUUACACAAUUGCUGCCUUAGGUGGCAGUCAGUGGGCAAGGAUGGCACUUGGCUACAGGUACUUUGCUGGAGCGACUGUGCCCAAUAGCUGUGAGAAGUCAUUGGAUUUUUACAGGAAGGUGGCCAAUAAAGUGGCAGAAGAUGUUUCUCUGUCUGGUGGUGGCAUGGUUCAACGUGUUAGACUUUUAGAAGAGGCGGAGAAUCCUGGUUAUAAUUCUGGAAUUCUUGAUAAAGAUCUUAUUGAUUAUUACCAACUGCUGGCUGAAAAGGGAGAUGUUCAGGCCCAGGUUGGGCUUGGUCAGCUUCAUUAUCAGGGAGGACGGGGAGUACAGCAAGAUCAUCUACAGGCUGCUAGAUAUUUCAUGCAAGCCGCUGAUGCAGGAAAUCCAGCAGCAAUGGCAUUUCUGGGCAAGAUUUAUCUGGAAGGUAGUGAUAUGAUCAAACAAGACAAUCAAACGGCAUUCAAGUACUUCAAAAAAGCUGCUGAUCAGGGUAACCCUGUAGGUCAGAGUGGACUUGGUCUGAUGUACUUACAUGGCAGGGGAGUUCAGAAGGAUUAUCAGAAAGCUCUCAAGUAUUUUACUCAGGCUGCAGAUCAGGGUUGGGUGGAUGGACAACUUCAACUUGGAAACAUGUACUUUAGUGGUCUUGGUGUUAGAAGAAAUUACAGAAUGGCCAACAAAUUAUUUGCUUUGGCUUCUCAGUCAGGCCAUGUGCUUGCAUACUAUAAUCUUGCACAAAUGCAUGCAACUGGUACCGGCAUGUUGCGAUCAUGCUCUAUGGCUGUAGAGCUUUAUAAAAAUGUUGCUGAGCGUGGUAAAUGGGGUAACCGACUGAUGGAGGCACACUGGCACUACAGACAUGGUCAUUUCGAAGAGGCAUUUGUAACAUAUGCGCUACUUGCUGAACUUGGUUAUGAAGUUGCCCAAGGCAAUGCUGCCUUUGUACUUGAUAGAGGUGAGGUUUUGCCUCUUUUCUCAGGCCAGGAAGAAAUGUUUGUGCGUGCUCUCAUGUAUUGGGGAAGAGCAGCAGCUCAAGGGUACUCCGCUGCACAAGUUAAACUCGGAGAUUAUCAUUAUUAUGGGCUUGGAACACCUGUAGACUUUGAAUUGGCAGCUUCCCAUUAUCGUCAUGCUUCUGAUCACCAGCAUAAUGCUCAGGCUAUGUUUAAUCUGGGUUACAUGCAUGAACAAGGACUUGGCAUGCAGCAGGACAUUCACUUAGCGAAACGUUGUUAUGACAGAGCAGCAGAAACAAACAACGAUGCAAAAGUGCCUGUGUACUUAGCACUUAUGAAAUUAUCAUUUAUUUUUGGUCUUAAAUACUUUGAAGAAAUUGAAUGGCAGGAUUGGUUUUUCUUAUUCAAUCUGAAUAAAAUGCUUGGGCCAUACUGGGAUCUCUACCUCAUUACAGCGCUACUUGGGCUUCUUAUCAUUAUUGUCCGUUAUCGAAGACCUCAACCUUGAAGCCAACCCCCACCGCACUGUUUCUUUGAAAAUUUAAUUCUGUUCAAAACAGGUUGCUUUGUUUUUUCUGCCUUAUUUGACUUAAGACAUAAGUAAUGUACCCAAUAAUUUGUUGGUUUAAAUAAUGUUUGUUGUGAUGAGGUGAGCACUGAUCUAUUUUCAUAAUUACUGAAAUUUUUGCUCAUUGUACAAAUGUAUAUAAUUACAUGAAAAUACUUUGUACAUAUCUACAAUUUUUCUAAUAGUAUGAGCAAGGUUGUGGUUUAAAUGGCCCCCAAAAAAGAAAAGAAAGAAAAAAAAAGAUGCAUUCCAUUGGGCUCAAAUUCCUUGGGUUUGUUUAGAUGUUCCUGUUUUCUUCUUUUAUUCAACUGGUACAUUUAAUUUUGUGGAGAAGGGACAAAAGUUGUUCUGUAUUACAUAAUUCGUGGGAAGCAGAUAUUUAUUAAUUUUUUGCCCUAGUCAUUGUGAUAAUGUUUUCAUCAUGUCAAGUAUGAUACUGGAAGUUAUUGAUCAUCUUGGUAUUGAAAUUGAGUGCUAAAUUGAGAAAUUUCAUGUACCUCACAGGUUUCAAAUUUGAUUGUUGUUCAGAGUAUUUUGAAACUUAUAAACAGUAUUUGGAAGUUAAUUUUGCUUGACAUUUGUCCUGUCCUUUGUAAAUUUAGAGUCAUGCUACAUAAGACUGAUGUUCCCCUCCCCACCCCUGCACUUGAGGUACUUGAUUAAGCAUCUGUAUUACUGUGUUGUGGCUUUUGCACUCUGUCCAGAUUCAGACCCUUCUGUGAAUGGUCCUGUUCAAGAAGGGCCUCCUUAGCUAGUAAGGAGAGAUUGCAUAGCUAUGCGAGUUAAACGGCCAGGAGUUGACAUUCAAUUGUGAUAAUUGCCAAUAAGCAAAUAAAAUAAGUUGUGCAACCCUGA